GUUGUUGUCAAUUUGUCAUAUUAUUGUUUUCUUUUGAAUAUGAUGAAAAAUUUUCAUACAGAACUAUUCAUUAAUGAAAUUCAAAAGAGACGAUCAAUUUGGGAUACGACGUCCGCGGAACACGUUAUUAAAGAAUUGAAAAAAAGGGACUGGGAUGAAAUUAUUAGCAUAUUUGGAGGAAAUAACAUGUCUCAGGCUGAUAGACAUGUUCUGGGGUUUGCGUUAAAAAAGAGAUGGAAAAAUAUAAGAACAUGCUUCGCAAGAGAACUUAAGAGACAGAAAAAUUAUGGUUCGGGUGCUGGACGAAAGAGUGAAUAUACGCAUUACAAACAUUUACUCUUCCUCACAGAUGUAAUAAAUAUUGUAGAUAAAGAUAUGGACGAAGAUCAAGAAUAUAUUAUAUGUGUUAUGAUAGCAAUGACGUCGAUCUACAGCACGAUGACACAAUAAUAGAAAAUAAGUACGGAUGUCAAACUAUAGACGAUUCAUAUAGCGAUGAAGAAGAUGAAGACCGCAUGUUUCUAUUAUCUCUAUAUAAAACAAUGAAAAGAAUUCCGGAAAACAAAAAAAUGGCAGUGAAAAUAAAAAUGUUAUCAAUAUUAAA